AAGUAGUAGCAGCAGCAAAUGCAUCUUUGCUAUUCUUAUCUCCACGGAAGAAAUUGAUGUGAGCAAUAAGAUCAUAUCAGAACCGCAAGUAAUCUGGUCUGCCAACCGAGACAACCCGGUCAAAAUCAAUGCCACACUGGAACUCACACAAGAUGGAGAUUUGGUCCUGGCAGACGUAGAUGGAACCUUGGUAUGGUCAACAAACACAAGUGGGAAAUAUGCUUCAGGCUUAAACUUAACAGAAAUGGGAAACCUUGUGCUUUUUGAUACGAGUAAUACAACGGUUUGGCAGUCAUUCGAUCACCCUACAGACUCGUUAGUUUUCGGGCAGACGCUGAAUCCCAGACAGAAGCUGACAGCUAGCAUAUCAACCUAUAAUUCCAGCCGAGGUAUGUAUUCAUUUGCAGCUGCCAAAAGACGUUUGAUUGCUUACAUAGAGUCCAACCCACCGCAGCUUGUGGAGCUUAAGGAUAUUGAUUACUUUGUUUAUAGAUCAGACCUGAGGGAUGAGAUGAUGGAGCUAGAGGAUUGUAUGAAUACAUGCUUGAAAAACUGUACCUGUAAAGCUGCUGUUUUUGCAUAUAAUUCGGAUCCUCUACGGGGAGUGCAGACGAGUUCAUCAGGUAGUCUUCUUGCAAAAAAAUCAAGGGGAACCCCAUCAUUCAUACUGGGAGCUAGUCUCGGAGCUUUCAUUGGUGUGUUACUUAUGAUGGGGGCUUGCUUUUUCCUUGUAAGAAGGAUUACUACAUCCAAGGAGGUUGAGGAGGAUUAUUUGGACCAAGUACCAGGGAUGCCCACAAGAUUUGCAUACAAAAACUUGAAAGAUGUGACUGAAAACUUCAACAAAAAACUUGGGGAAGGAGGAUUCGGAUCGGUCUUUGAAUGGACUCUGAGCAAUGGCACCAAAGUAGCAGUGAAGCAUCUCAGUGCAUUGGGUCAAGUAAAGAAGUCAUUCUUAGCUGAAAUUGAGACAAUAGGUAGCAUUCACCAUGUCAACUUGGUGAGACUGAUUGGAUUUUGUGCUGAAAAGUCGUAUAGGCUUCUAGUUCAUGAGUACAUGUGUAAUGGAUCUUUGGAUAGAUGGAUUUUCAGAAGAAACCAAGAGGAUGCUCUAGGAUGGCAAUCAAGAAGGAAGAUCAUCUUAGACAUAGCCAAAGGAUUAGCCUAUCUCCACGAAGACUGUAGACAGAAGAUAUUUCACUUGGACAUCAAACCUCAAAACAUCCUAUUAGAUGAAAAUUUCAAUGCAAAAGUUUCUGAUUUUGGAUUGUCGAAAUUAAUUGACAAGGACCAAAGCCAAGUUGUCACAACAUUGAGAGGAACUCUAGGCUAUAUGGCACCUGAAUGGUUGGGCUCAAUUAUAACAGAGAAAGUAGAUGUCUACAGUUUUGGAGUCAUGGUCUUAGAAAUUGUGUGCGGGCGAAAAAAUUUGGAUCGAUUCCAGCCUGAGGAAGAUAAGCAUUUAUUAUGUCUUUUUCAAAGAAAAGCAAGAGGAGGACAACUUUCAGAUAUGGUUGACAAGUGCAGUGAGGAUAUGCAGUUGCAUGGACCUGAGAUUGUGGAGACGAUGAGGCUAGCUGACUGGUGCUUACAGAGUGAUUUUAAGAGGAGGCCUUAUAUGUCAACUGUGGUUAAGGUCUUGGAGGGUUAUGUGGAUGUUGAAAGCGACUUGGAUUAUAACUUUGUUGGUCAACAUUUAUCAAGAACAACUGCAACCAUUUGUGAAAAGGAGGACGUUGUUCGUGCUGCUACACCACUUCUGCCAUCAGUUUUAUCUGGACCAAGGUGA